AUGGCUGCAGCUGACGUCCGUUUCAAGUUGAACACCGGUGCUGAGAUCCCUGCUCUGGGCCUGGGUACCUGGCAGUCUGCGCCUGGCGAGGUUGCUCGCGCCGUGAGCCACGCCAUUAAGUCGGGCUACCGCCACAUUGACGGUGCUCUGUGCUAUGGCAAUGAGCACGAGGUCGGCCAGGGUAUCAAGGAGGCCAUUGACGCUGGCAUUGUCAAGCGCGAGGAUCUGUUCGUCACUACCAAGCUGUGGUGCUCGUACCACGCCCGCGUCGAGGAGGGUCUCGAGGCUUCCCUGAAGAACUUGGGUCUGGACUACGUUGAUCUGUACUUGAUGCACUGGCCUCUGGCUAUGAACCCCAACGGAAACCACCCUAUCUUCCCCAAGCUGGCAGACGGCUCGCGGGACAUUGUCCACGAGCACAGCCACGUCACCACCUGGAAGAGCAUGGAGAAGCUCGUCGGAAACGGCAAGGUCCGCGCCAUCGGUGUCUCCAACCACAGUGUCCAGUACCUGGAGGAACUCCUGGCCCAGGCCACCGUCGUCCCCGCCGUUAACCAGAUCGAGAACCACCCCUCGCUGCCCCAGCAGGAGAUUGUCGAUUUCUGCAACCAGAAGGGUAUCCACAUUACCGCCUAUAGUCCCCUGGGUAGCACCGGUAGCCCUCUGUUCACGGCCAAGCCUAUCGUCGAGGUUGCCGAGAAGCGUGGUGUCUCUCCGGCUACCGUUUUGCUUAGCUGGCACAUUGCCCGUGGUUCCUCCGUCCUGGCCAAGUCCGUCACACCUGCCCGUAUCGAGGCCAACCGCAAGGACUUGAUCCAUUUGGACGCCGAGGACAUUGCUACUAUCAAGAAGUACUCCGACGAGCUGGCUGCUACCAAGUCCUUCCAGCGCUUCGUCUUCCCUCCCUUCGGCAAGAACUUUGGUUUCCCCGAUAAGAUGUGA